CGUCAAAUUCUCCCUGGGCAACAUGGUGGGCUUACCAAGGCUUGGCUGGUCCGCAACACUGGGGCUAUUUAAAUCCCGACUGGGUGCUUUGCAGAUCAGGGAAAUUUCAGUCACCGAUCAACAUAGAGCCAAGGUUGUUACUGUUUGAUCCUAAACUGAGACGGAUGAGUGUGGAUGUUCCCGAGCUGGUCAGUGGGGUAUUGAAGAACACAGGAAAUGACAUCAUGCUGUCUCUGGAUGACGUCAUGUCGAACGGUGCCAACUUUAGCGACGGUCCUUUCAUGUACACAUAUAGACUGGCCCAGGUCAAGGUUCACAUCGGCAAAACCAACGGCAGAGGAUCGGAGCAUCGGAUUGAUGAAAAGUCGUUUGCAGCUGAGAUUCAGCUAAUCUGCUACAACAGUGACCUGUUUAAAUCCCUCCAAGAAGCCGAGCGGAUGCCCUAUGGUGCGGCCAUUAUUGCUGUGUUUGGUGAGAUUGCUGAGGAUUUCGGGAUAACAAACAGCGCCUUCAAGUUUUUGGUCGAUAUGGCCACGCAAGUUCCCUGGCAAGGACAAGGCACUCACAUAAAAGAUUUCCGGAUCAAAAGCCUACUUCCAGACACCAAUUAUUACGUCACAUACGAGGGUUCGUUCACCCAACCCGGAUGUCAAGAGACGGUCACCUGGGUUUUGUUUAACAAACCUAUUUAUAUCGAUCAGACACAAAUAGAAACUUUAAGGAACUUACAGAACAAACAGAUAGACAACCGCAUGACAAUGAUGGAGGGAAACGUGCGGCCGACCAUGCCAGUCAAUAACAGAGCCAUCCGGACAAACAUUAACUAUCCUUCAACAGGCGGUUUGUGUGACAUGAAGAGAAUUACAUUUUAUGAAG